AUGCUCCCGACACCACCGUCGUCCCCCGAACUCACAACCUCUUGUGCGCCAGAGGACAGACUGGGGUGUGUACUUGCUGGCCGAUUGGAACUUGUCUCCGUCCUUGGAGUGGGCGCCUAUGGAGUGGUCUACCGUGCCGUCGACAUCUUGACCAAUGUCCCCUAUGCGGUGAAGGCUCUUCCCAAAUCCGGAUUGGAUGCCAGACAGCGGCGUUUCCAACGACGAGAGAUUGCUCUGCACCACCGAGCGAGCCAGCACCCCAAUGUUGUUUCGCUGUUGCGCAUCUUGGAUAGCCCGGACUGCACCUUUGUCGUGAUUGAAUUCUGCCCUGAAGGCGACCUCUUCUCGAACAUCACUGAACAUGGCCAUUUCGUGGGCGAUGACCAACUGGUCAAGCAUACGUUCUUGCAAGUUUUGGAUGCCGUCCAGUACUGCCAUUCCGUUGGGAUCUACCAUCGCGAUCUGAAACCCGAGAACAUCCUGGUUACCAACAAUGGAAGCACCGUCAAGUUGGCCGAUUUUGGACUUGCCACCACCGACGCAGUCACAUCCGACUUUGGCUGCGGGUCUACCUUCUACAUGUCGCCAGAAUGUCAACAAGCUCCAUCAAGGCCAUAUGCUCGCUACGCUGCCGCGCCCAAUGAUGUAUGGAGCCUUGGUGUUAUCCUGGUGAACUUGACCUGUGGUCGCAACCCAUGGAAAAAGGCCUCUCCCGAGGAUUCCACGUUCAGAGCAUUCCUCCAGGAUCCGCACUUCUUGAGCUCGAUCUUGCCCAUUUCUGUUGAACUCAACAUGAUCUUGCGCCGCAUCUUCGAGUGUGAUCCACACAAGAGGAUUAGUCUCCAGGAACUCCGGGAGUUGAUCAUCAAUUGUCCGAGGUUGACCAUUAACUCCUACAACACUCUACCUCCGUCACCUCCUGCAUCCCCAUAUGCUUAUGUGGACUCCAUGGAUUGUGCCAACCUGGCCCUGCCACCGUCACCACCUGCAUCGCCUUCUCCUCCAGCACCGUUCCACACGCAACCCUCGGAGUGGUCACUUUUUGGCCCGACCUCCAAGUCAGGCUCAUCUUGUUCUUCUGUUUCCACGGAUUCCGGGUACGAAUCUGAAACCGUUUUCAACGAGGCUGGCCUACAUUUGCAACCGGCUCCGGUUUUCAAUUUCUACGGCAAUGUUAUCCCGUUGAACGACGACGAAAAGCCAACUACCUAUCAUCCUUAUUCUCCACCUGGUUACGGCCCGUCAGUCGCCACUUAUUAA